UUUGUGCGGCAUUAUUCCAGGUCUGAGCAGCGUUCUUCUUCCUCGCAUGAACCCCUUCGUCCUCAUCAACGUGGCCGGAGCUCUUUCCCUCUGCAUCACAUACAUGCUCAUAGAAAUCAAUAACUAUAACGCGGUGGACACGGCGUCAGCGAUCGCCAUCGCGCUCAUGACGUUUGGCACCAUGUAUCCCAUGAGCGUCUACAGCGGGAAAGUGCUGCUGCAGACGAUGCCGGCACACGUCAUCGGCCAGCUGGACAAACUGCUCAGAGAGGUGUCGACUCUGGAGGGCGUGCUGGAGGUUCGAAACGAGCACUUCUGGACCGUCGGCUUCGGAUCUCUGGCCGGCUCCGCCCACGUCCGUAUCCGCCGCGACGCCAACGAGCAGCUGGUCCUCGCUCAUGUCACCAACCGCCUCCUCCCGCUCGUCUCCACGCUGAGCGUCCAGAUCUUUAAAGACGACUGGAGCCGGCCCCUCCUCACAUCGGCCCUCACCUCUUCUUCUGCUCCUCCUGAAAGCUACACCUCCUCCUCCUCUCUGCCCCCUCCUCUCCACGGGAUGGACCCUCUGACCUCCACCCCCUCCAAACCCAGCAGCUCUCCCCCAGAGUUCGCCUUCGAGACCCCGGGAAGGAACGCUCAGCAGGUGGUCCUCCCGGCCCCCGGAAACCACGGGCCCUACGCAGGUUUGGGGCUUCCCUACGGAGCGUCUCCCUACGCAGGGAUGCUGAGUCAGGGGUUAGCGAGGCCUGGCGUGGGGCUGGGUCUCGGGGCGGGGUUAGGACUGGGCGUGGGCGUGCCCCCCCCCUCUCAGAGCUACAGGACUGCCUUCGGGGGGGCCACAGUGCCGCUACGCUUCGGGAGCCACAACCCUUUGGCCCCUCAGUCGCAGUACAGACAGUACCGACCAUAAAUGUGCCGCGACAGGACUUCAAAAACUUUUUUGCCCGUGAUGGAGGUGAAGUUCCCCCCCCCCCCUCACCAGAGCUAAACUCCCAGAGAGGAAACAAGAGUCAUAUUACAGGUGGUCUUUAGGAGAGGAUGGUGAGCGGGUUGUGGUAUUUAUUUUACUGACAAGGGGACCAGGAGGUUUGAACGAGGUUGAAUUUGAGUUUUUUUUUUUAUCAGGAUGUACGAUGCGUCCUCACAGUGUGGCUGACAGAAAGAAAGCAGUGUGUUCAUCAGUACGACUUCUGACUAUUACGGUUAUUUUGUAAGAGAAAACUUCACAAGGAUCUUUUGUUGAGCAAACAACAUUCCUGGCGAUUGGAAAUAACGUGUUGAAUUGAAUUAAAUUCCAGCGUUACAUACAUGCACAAUCCCAGCUAUUUAAAGGAAACCAGAGAGAGUAACUGCUCCAUCAAUUUGAGAGACGAGGACAUUUAUUGUGAUUUAAAAAGUGGUUGUGUCGUUAAAAAACAUUGAGAUAUCUGCCUUAAAGUGAGUGGCUUCAUGAAAUCAUACAUUAUUUAAAACCCAAAUGAUAUGUUUAUUUUCAAUUCUGCUCAUUAAUUAAAUCGACAUUCUUUGAUGGCUGCAGUUCAUACAAACAGUGUCUUUGAAAAAUAAUGAAUUCAAAACAUUCCUUGAACCUGCAAUUUAUAUCAAUUGCAGAUACAUUUUUUAUUUGAAGAUAUCUCAUUUCUGCUAUGAUAUUAGACGACAAUGAAAUCAAAUGCAUAUCAUCAUUUCCUAAUUGUGUGACCAACCGGCCAAAAGCCAAGAAUUCCCCUUUUUUUUUUUUUAAAGCAUUUUUUCUAUUGACUUAUAUUAUUUGUUCUCCGUAACACAUGUUUCUUCUGACUGAAUCUCCUCUUGAAAACAAGUAUAGACGAAUGAAUCAACACAUGUUUAUUUCCUGCAUGUUGUCAGCAGCCUCUCUGCAUACAAACUCUUUUUUUUAAAUAUUAAAAUCUUUGUAUCUGCUCAAGUCAAAA